GGGGUCAGUGUGUGUUUACGUUGGAGGGCUCACAACAAAGGACGCCGUGGAGAGGCUGUCAGUCACUGGAUAUUCUCUUUCUCCGCGGAGCACGUUUAUCGCUCACAACUCCUCGCAUCUUCAAGCCGUUUGAAGCCAUUUCUUCCAUUUUUUUUGGUUUGUCCUUUUUAUGUGUUCAUCAAACCCAGAAGGGAUAAAUUAAAUUUUUUGCUUCAUGUGCCGGUCAGCUAGCUUGCUAGCAAGUUGGUGAAGACGCUCAGCUAGCAGGGAAUAAAUCGUCAUUGAAUUCACAGGCAGGAGAGGUGGCGCCGUGAGUGACUGACGCUUGAAGCAUGAGAGGGUGGAGCUGAGGCUCAGCUGACCCUUCCCCUUCCUCCUCCUCCUCCUUUCCCACCCCUGUGUUCCACUUGGUCAGCUCUAUCCCCCCCCACCCAUAUUCCCUCCUCCUUUCCCCCUUUCCUGUUGCGUGCACCCUGCUGGACCCCACCCGUCCUCCAGACCACCAUCAGCCGUGCCCAAUGUACUCGCCUGAGCAGGAGAACAUCUGCACCACCUCCACCAAAGUGCCAGUCAAGUAUGGAGAGCUCAUUGUGCUGGGGUACAAUGGCUCUUUGCCCAAUGGCGACCGAGGCAGACGUAAAAGCCGCUUUGCACUUUGCAAAAGACCCAAGGCGAACGGGGUUAAACCCAGCACGGUUCACGUCGCCUGCUCUCCUCAGGCAGCCAAGGCCAUCAGCAACAAAGACCAGCACAGCAUCUCCUACACCCUGUCCCGAGUCCAGACGGUGGUGGUGGAGUACACCCACGACAGCAAUGUAGACAUGUUCCAGGUGGGUCGCUCCACUGAGAGCCCCAUCGACUUUGUGGUGACGGACACAGUGGCGGGCAGUCAGAGCAACGCCGACGCGCAAACAGUCCAGAGCACCAUCUCCCGUUUUGCCUGCCGCAUCAUUUGCCAGCGCACGCCGCCUUAUAGCGCACGCAUCUACGCAGCAGGCUUCGACUCCUCCAAGAACAUAUUCCUCGGGGAGAAAGCCGCUAAGUGGAAGACAGCCGACGGGCAAAUGGACGGCCUGACCACUAACGGCGUGCUGGUGAUGCACCCUCGCCACGGCUUUAGCCAGGACUCCAGGCCGGGCGUGUGGCGGGAGAUCUCGGUGUGCGGGAACGUCUUCACUUUACGAGAAACGCGCUCGGCGCAGCAGCCGGGAAAGUUGGUGGAGGCAGAGUCGCAGGAACUGGUGGACGGCUCCCUCAUCGACCUUUGCGGCGCCACGUUGCUGUGGCGCACCGCCGAAGGCUUGUCACGCACACCCACCCUCAAGCACCUGGAAGCGCUGCGCCAGGAGAUCAACGCGGCGCGCCCUCAGUGUCCCGUGGGCUUCAACACGCUGGCCUUCCCCUCCAUGCGACGCAAAGACACACCGGACGAGAAGCAGCCGUGGGUCUACCUCCACUGCGGCCAUGUGCACGGAUACCACAACUGGGGAAACCACCGCGAGGAACGGGAGGGCCGGGAGCGCUGCCACCGGGAGUGCCCCAUGUGCCGGGCGAAGGGGCCCUAUGUGCCGUUGUGGCUGGGCUGCGAGGCGGGCUUCUACGUGGACGCCGCCCCGCCCACGCACGCCUUCCACCCUUGCGGCCAUGUUUGCUCAGAGAAGACGGCGUCAUUCUGGAGUCAGAUCCCGUUGCCGCACGGCACGCACACCUUCCAUGCUGCCUGUCCUUUCUGUGCACAGCAGCUGAGUGGUGAGCAGGGAUUCGUGAGACUCAUCUUCCAAGGCCCACUGGACUAGGAGGCGGUCUCCCAGCAUCCUUCGGGAACAUUUGGACACAAGACGUGAUUUUGCUCCUCUGCAGUUCAACUAUGAACUUCUUUUUUUGUCUUUUUUCUCAUUUGUAAGUGACCUUUGUAUUCCUUUUACAUGAACGACUACAAAGAUUUCUAUAUUUUCACAAAGACACAAACCAAACAAAGCAAACUGCUGGAGAAACUUUUGUGAUUGUGACAACAGCAACAGUAUUUAUCGAAACGUACCCACAGUACGGCUUAUUGUUAAUGCAAUAUACAUCUGUGUACAUCUCUUAAAGCUAAUUUAAACAAAGAUCUUUAUUUAUGGCCCUCCAAGUAUCACUUUACCCCCCCCCCACCUGUCAGAUAAAGAGUACCCUCAAAAGUUAUCUUCAGUCUUUUAGUUUGCAGAUUACUAUUAACGUCUACAAGCUACAGGUGUGUUCUGAGGGCUGGUUACGUCUUUUCUGUUUGUAUUUAAACGUUCUGUCCUCUGGUGUGCUCUCACUGUGUGGGUGUUCAAUUCUGCGGUUCAAAGCAAUACACAAACCUCCUGAAACAUUAAUGGCCGUCUGAACGACGCCUCCUCUCCCUUUAAAACCUUUAAAGCCGUGAGCGGUUGUAGCCAUGUAGCAUCACAUCCUCCACACCAACACACUGUACAAUGCAAAUACUGUUUAUAAUAACAUUGGCACAUUGGUCACAUUCUGACCUGCUAAUUUAUUGAAACAAACAUUUUCACAAGACCGGUCCUUUGCCAAUGUUAUAAAUUGUUUCAUUUUAAUAUUAAAAGUUACAGGACAUCCAUAAAUGCACCUCAUGUUAUUUAAAUAUCCUAUCCUCAAAACAAUGGGACGGCACUCAAAUCACUUCCGGUAUUUAUCACGUGGAUCCGGUUCGGACUGCUCGUGAGUACUCUCGAUUGAGUACUUCACUCCGCGUUCACUUGGGGUACCUUUUGACACAACGUUGUAUUUUAAAGUGAAUGGCUGACUUUGUUAGGCAGUGAACCAGUACUUCCAAAACUUAAAAACCACCGUUGAGGCACGGUUUCAUUUUUCGUUUGUUCUUUAAAAAAAAAACCUUUGAACUGAUUUAUUCGCGAAACGACAAAGUAAUGUUGGUUUAAAGGUGCAUACUUUGAAGUAGUAAGUGUUCCACUUGGAUAUUUUGAGUUGCAACUUUAAUACCCUCAAUUGGAAAGUCGACCGAAAACAUGGCCGUCCCGAGAAUAUUUCCGCCAUUGGUUGCCCCGCCCAUCCACUCAACUGAUGACGUCAGCGAUGCAAUAAACACGUUCAAAGACUGUUUGACUCAGGUUAGCUUGACAGUUCUAAACUAAACGGUACCAACACACUUCAGGGCAUUGAAUUGAUCGCACUGUUCGCGUUGUCUUAGAAGACGUAAGACAACCUGAACAGUCUAAAUGUGAUCGAUUCAGUAACCUGGAUGAAUGAGAAUAUUCACAGGCGUACAAACAAUUUCACUUUAUCGUCACGUGUGCUUGACGUCACUUACGCUUGUUGUCUCCGUCUCAUCUGCGUCCCACAGCUCACCUCAGGGAGACAAAAGUUGACGACCUGUCUCACACGUUGUCUCUCUCCCACUCUCAGACACACACGCACUCGCAUACUAAUGGGUACCUCAUCCGUUUUCAUCCUUAUUAUCCAUCACUGCCCCCCCACUUCUUAUUCUAUGCCCAAAUAUGGAAGAAAGGGCUUCCGUUCGUGCGUGAUGACGUGAGAUACCCUGCCCAUGCACCGAUUUGUGCUCGUGAAGGCAAAAGCAAAGAAUGUUUUUUGUAAUAACUUUAAACAAUAAAAGUGUAAAAAAGCGACUAUGUGGUGUUUGUGUGACUUCCUAUAAUCCCUUAAACUCAAUCGAGACAUCAUGGUUCAAUUAUUGCUCCAUCCUCAUUUAGCAGUUAUUCGGAAAA